AUGGACGCCGACGAAAUAUUCGCAGCCAUGGGCAUAACUGGCUUUGGCAAAACCAGCCAGAAGCGCGAGUUGGACCCUCACCGUUUCGACAAGACCAAGCGAGAAAACAAACAAGAAGAGUCGUCAAAGUCGACUAGUCAGAAGGUGCAACAGGCAGUAGCAGGGCCAAGUCGAGCUGGUACGAGCAACCAAACUGAAUCUGGCGACGACGAAGACGAGGUUGGACCCCGACCUCCUCCUAGCAAACAAACCUCUAAACAAGCUUCGCAAGAGGCUUCUGACGAUGAGGAAGAUGAGGAAGCCGACGAAGACGAUUCACCACUCUUCCCGAUAACCCACGAGAUCGUUCUAAAGGACCACACCAAAGUCGUUUCGGCUCUAGCGCUGGACCCUUCUGGCGCUCGUAUUGUGACAGGCGCAUAUGACUAUGACUGUAAAUUGUGGGAUUUCGGCGGUAUGACAGCUGAAUGUAAACCAUUCAAAACCUGGGAGGCCGCUGGGAGUUAUCAGAUAAACGACCUUCAGUUCUCCAAUGACGGAACUAGAUUCCUUGUGAUCCCUGCGACAACCCAACCGAGGUUGUACGACAGGGAUGGCGAUGAGCAAGCUGUUUUUAUUAAGGGUGAUCCAUACCUGCGUGACAUGAAGAACACAUCUGGGCAUGUCGCUGAGGUCAUGUCCUGCGCAUGGCAUCCGAAGGACCCUAAAACUUUCAUCACAUCGUCAGCUGACUCAACUAUUCGGAUAUGGGACGCCGAGAAUAAACGGAAACAGAAGACUGUGAUUGUAGUGAAAUCCAAGGACCGUGGUGGUCGAACUAAGGUCUCUGUGUGUGGAUACUCGCGGGAUGGGACAUACAUUGCUGGAGUGUGCACUGAUGGUGCUAUGCAUCUAUGGGAGUCCAACUCUAAUUUUGCUCGACCUCGAAUGAGCAUCGAAGGGGCUCACACAAAGGGCACUGAAACGGGAUCGAUGUCGUUUUCCAUUGAUGGUCGGACACUGAUGACGAGAGGGGGCCCUGGCGACGAUACCGUGAAGCUUUGGGACAUUCGUGCUUUCAAGAAGCCUUUGGCCGUGCAUAACCAACUUCCCACCCUCUACCCUCGAACCAAUGCCGUAUUCAGUCCUGACGACAAGUAUAUCCUCACUGGCGUAGGACCCCGCGGACAAGGCCAACCCGGUGGAUUACUCUUCCUGAAGAAAGAAAACCUGGAAGUUGUCAAGAAUCUAACGGUGGACUCGACUCCAGUCAGGGUUGCAUGGCAUUCCAAAAUUAAUCAGAUCAUCACUGGCCUCUCGAAUGGAAAGGUGGUUGUGCUGUACUCGCCUGAGACAUCCCUCAAUGGAGCCAAGCUGGUGAUGAGCAAGGGUCCAUCCAGGAAGGCUAAUGUGGAGGACUUGUCUGAUGCGCUGGCCGCGCCCACUAUUCUGACACCACACGCGCUUCCCAUGUUCCGCGACAUGGAUCCUGGGCGAGGAACCAAACGGAAGCGAGAGAAAGACAGGAUGGACCCGAGGAAAAGUAGAAGGCCUGAGCUACCUGUCACUGGGCCUGGGAAGGGAGGCAGAGUGGGCGCCAGCGCGACGCAGCAUAUCGUCCAGCACCUGGUCAGGGAUACGACGCGAGACAUCGAUCCUCGGGAAGCUCUACUCAAGUAUGCGGAAGCUGCAGAGAAAGAUCCCCAAUGGACGGCUGCCUGGAAAGUGAACCAACCGAAGCCAGUGUUUGCAGAGGAGCCUCAGGAGGAGAAGGAGGACGAUAUUCUAUAG